AUGGUGAAUACUAAGGUCAUCAUAGUGGGUGCUGGAAUUGCUGGUCCCGUGCUUGCAGUUUUCUUGAAGGCGAGAGGCUACGACCCCGUCAUAUACGACAGACUUCCCGGUCCAGCAGAAGGUGGACACGUUUUCACGCUGCAGCCCAACGGCAUCCGUGUCCUAUCACUCAUUCCAGAGCUCGUAGAACAGAUACCUGGCCAUCCUCUAGAUAGGCUGAUUCACUGUUCCUGCUUGGAUGGAGUAGAGGAUAUCCUCGUUGUUACCGAUAUUUCGCCAGCUAUGAUGCGAGAACGAUUUGGCUUCCCCUUUAUUGGAAUCCGGCGCCCAGAGUUUCAACAGCUUUUGAUCGACACGGCCAAGAAGCAUGGUGUCGAGAUCAAGUGGAGCCACCAAGCUAUUGAAUUUGAGCAAAGCGAGGAUGCAGUGGAAGUCACGUUCGCGAAUGGUACCAAGGACACAGCGAGCUUUGUCGUAGGCUGUGAUGGCUUGCACAGCAAUACCCGGAUUGCGCUCUUCGGGGAAGAGAAGGCGGACCUUUACGGGAAUGGUGCGGGUGAGCCCGUUUCAGUGACGGUCCUGGUCGGUGGGGUGUCUCCUACGCCGCCUGUCUUUCAGGGGAGACUUGCACUGGUAAACAAUUACGGAGAUGGUCGUCAUAUGAUUGCGUAUCCUGUUACGGAAGACAAGUAUUCAUGGGCCAUUACAACUCGGGGAGCUGAGGCCAAGGAGGACUGGAGAACGCAGAAUGAAGAGCAACAGAAUGAAAUCCGAAAUGGGCCUUUCUCUGCUUGGGGGUUUGGGGCUGGAGAUUUGGUAAAGACCGGCCAGAAGAUCGUGAAGUAUGGCCUCUACGAUAGGCCUAAGCUUGAGUCAUGGUUUAAGGGAAGAAUUAUUCUUUUGGGCGACGCAGCUCACCCAAGCAGUCCGCAUCUGGGACAAGGUGCCAACCAAGCCUUCGAAGACAUCUACCAUUUUAUGCGGCUCCUGGGGAAGCAUAAUCCAUCUGCCGACCAGCCGUCGACGGAAUUAUUGUUGCGAGUGUUCACUGAUUACCAGGAUCUUCGGCUACUGCGUACGUCAGAACUCGCAAAGGGAGCUAGACAGCGAGGGGAAUUUCGGGUGGUCGAAGGCGUCGACGCAUGUAAGACUAGAAAUGAAGCAAUCCGGACGGGGUUUGAUGAUGAUGCAGCAAAGAAGGCACGCGAUAAGUUGUGGUCCGGACCAUUUACCGAGAGCGAAAUGUAG